ACCUUCAGAAACAUGCAGCGCCGGCACACGACACUGCGGGAAAAGGGCCGCCGCCAGGCCAUCCGGGGUCCUGCCUACAUGUUCAACGAGAAGGGCACCAGCCUGACACCCGAGGAGGAGCGCUUCCUGGACUCGGCCGAGUAUGGCAACAUCCCCGUGGUCAGGAAAAUGCUGGAGGAGUCCAAGACCCUCAACUUCAACUGCGUGGACUACAUGGGGCAAAACGCGCUGCAGCUGGCUGUGGGCAACGAGCACCUGGAGGUCACGGAGCUGCUGCUCAAGAAGGACAACCUGGCGCGGGUGGGGGAUGCGCUGCUGCUGGCCAUCAGCAAGGGCUACGUGCGCAUCGUGGAGGCCAUCCUCAACCACCCGGCCUUCGCCCAGGGCCAGCGCCUGACUCUCAGCCCGCUGGAGCAGGAGCUGCGCGACGAUGACUUCUAUGCCUACGACGAGGACGGCACGCGCUUCUCCCACGACAUCACGCCCAUCAUCCUGGCGGCGCACUGCCAGGAGUAUGAGAUCGUGCACAUCCUCCUGCUCAAGGGCGCCCGCAUCGAGCGGCCGCACGACUACUUCUGCAAGUGCAACGAGUGCACCGAGAAGCAGCGGAAGGACUCAUUCAGCCACUCGCGCUCCCGCAUGAAUGCCUACAAGGGACUGGCAAGCGCUGCCUACCUGUCUCUGUCCAGUGAAGACCCUGUCCUCACCGCGCUGGAGCUAAGCAACGAAUUGGCCAGACUAGCCAACAUUGAGACUGAAUUCAAGAACGAUUACAGGAAGUUAUCUAUGCAAUGCAAGGAUUUUGUGGUGGGCGUGCUGGACCUAUGCCGAGACACGGAAGAGGUGGAAGCGAUUUUAAAUGGUGAUGUGAACUUCCAAGUCUGGUCCGACCACCACCGUCCAAGUCUGAGCCGGAUCAAACUCGCCAUUAAAUAUGAAGUCAAGAAGUUCGUUGCUCAUCCUAACUGUCAGCAGCAAUUGCUUACCAUGUGGUAUGAAAAUCUCUCAGGCUUACGUCAACAGUCUAUCGCUGUGAAAUUCCUGGCUGUCUUUGGAGUCUCCCUAGGCCUCCCUUUUCUCGCCAUAGCCUAUUGGAUUGCUCCGUGCAGCAAGCUAGGAAGAACCCUGAGGAGCCCCUUCAUGAAAUUUGUAGCCCAUGCAGUUUCUUUUACAAUCUUUUUGGGAUUGUUAGUUGUGAAUGCAUCAGACCGCUUUGAAGGCGUUAAAAACCUGCCCAACGAAACCUUCACAGACUACCCGAAACAGAUCUUCAGAGUGAAAACCACACAAUUCUCCUGGACAGAAAUGCUCAUCAUGAAGUGGGUCUUAGUGCACUCUGGCAGCCAAAAUGGUGAGCAGAUGACCAACAAAGAAGCCAGAAUCAACUUCUAUAUAUGCUGGGUUGAAGAAAGUUUUAAAACCUUGUUUUGGUCCAUCUUUGGCUUGUCUGAAGUGAUCUCGGUGGUGCUGAAAUACGAUCACAAGUUCAUCGAGAACAUCGGCUACGUGCUCUACGGUGUUUAUAACGUCACCAUGGUGGUAGUGCUUCUCAAUAUGCUGAUAGCCAUGAUCAACAACUCCUAUCAGGAAAUUGAGGAGGAUGCAGAUGUGGAGUGGAAAUUUGCCCGAGCCAAGCUCUGGCUGUCUUACUUUGAUGAAGGAAGAACUCUUCCUGCUCCUUUCAAUCUAGUGCCAAGUCCUAAAUCAUUUUAUUAUCUCAUAAUGAGAAUCAAGAUGUGCCUCAUAAAACUCUGUAAAUCCAAGGCCAAAAGCUGUGAAAAUGACCUUGAAAUGGGCAUGCUGAAUUCCAAAUUCAGGAAGACUCGCUACCAGGCUGGCAUGAGGAAUUCUGAAAACCUGACAGCAAAUAACAGUUUCAGCAAGCCCACCCGAUACCAGAAAAUCAUGAAGCGGCUCAUAAAAAGAUACGUCCUGAAGGCCCAGGUGGAUAGAGAAAGUGACGAGGUCAACGAAGGUGAACUGAAGGAAAUCAAGCAAGAUAUCUCCAGCCUGCGCUAUGAGCUUCUGGAAGAGAAAUCUCAAGCUACCGGGGAGCUGGCAGACCUGAUCCAACAGCUCAGUGAGAAAUUUGGAAAGAACUUAAACAAAGACCACCUGAGGGUAAACAAGGGCAAAGACAUUUAG